AACCGUGCGCAAUCGCUCCGGUUGUUUUAGCUUUCAAGCCUCAAAAUACUCUCUAUUUUUCUCUCUAUAUUAUUAUUAAUAUUAUCGCACACAAACAAAUCUCAUCAGCGAAAACCCCUACGUCGCCUCUAUCUAUACAUACAUAUCCUCUUAAUUAUCUAUUCUGUUCGAAUCGAAUUCACCAUCGCUUUUCAAUCCGUACGCAAUCGGAUUCACACACAUAAAUCGAUCUGAAUUAGAUUCACUCUCUCGCUCGAUCUGCGUUGAAUCGGUUAAUUAUUGAUUGAAUUGAUUUGUAUUAGUGUUAUUGGUGCUUUUUAUAUGUCUAGGGGUUUGAAUUGUAAUGGAAGGAUUGGUUAAUCAAUUUAAAAGAGUUUAAAAAGAUGCCUGGAUUACCGGGGAACGAUUGUAAUCAAUUUAGUAGUAGCAUUACGACGCCGUUGAAUGGAGGAUCAGUUUCGGUUAAUGGAUUCUGGUCUAAACAGCGGGGUGAUAUUAGCUACAAUCAGCUCCAGAAGUUUUGGAGUGAGUUGUCGCCGCAAUCUCGUCAAGAACUCUUGAAAAUUGAUAAGCAAACCCUUUUUGAGCAAACACGCAAGAAUAUGUACUGUUCAAGAUGUAAUGGUUUGCUGCUCGAAGGGUUUUUGCAGAUUGUUAUGUAUGGGAAGUCUCUGCUGCAGGAUGGAGCUGUUGUACCUCUUCCUUGUAAUAGAGUUGUGACUUUGAAAAGUAAAAGCGAUAGUGAUUUGUGCGUUGCCAAUGGGUGUCAAGAUGAUUUCCAAGAACCAUCCGUCCAUCCCUGGGGAGGUCUGACCACCACUAGAGAUGGCACACUUACCCUUUUGGAUUGCUAUUUGUAUUCAAAAUCCCUUAAGGGGCUUCAAAUUGUAUUCGAUAGUGCCCGAGCAAGAGAAAGAGAAAGGGAGCUGCUUUAUCCAGAUGCUUGUGGUGGUGGAGGUCGAGGAUGGAUAAGUCAAGCAAUGACCAGUUAUGGUAGAGGUCAUGGGACGAGAGAAACGUGUGCGUUGCAUACUGCCAGGCUUUCUGUUGACACAUUGGUUGAUUUUUGGUCAGCGCUAGGAGACGAGACUCGACAAUCUCUCUUAAGAAUGAAAGAAGAGGAUUUUAUUGAGAGGCUAAUGUACAGGUUUGACAGCAAGAGAUUUUGUAGAGAUUGCAGAAGGAAUGUUAUUCGAGAGUUCAAAGAAUUGAAGGAGCUGAAGCGCAUACGAAGGGAACCUCGCUGCACUAGUUGGUUUUGCGGAGCGGAUACAAGCUUCCAAUAUGAGGUAUCACACGAUACAGUCCAAGCUGACUGGCAUCAAACCUUCCUAGAAAGCUUCGCAACAUACCAUCACUUUGAAUGGGCAGUUGGAACUGGAGAAGGAAAAUCUGACAUUUUAGAGUAUGAAAAUGUUGGUUUAAGCGGAAGGGUGCAAGUGAAUGGUCUAGAUCUUUGUGGUUUGAAUGCAUGCUAUAUCACUCUGAGGGCAUGGAAAAUGGAUGGACGCUGCACUGAACUUUCCGUCAAAGCUCAUGCAUUAAAAGGGCAGCAAUGUGUUCAUUGCCGGCUUGUGGUUGGAGAUGGUUUUGUCACAAUUACUAGAGGAGAAAGCAUUAGAAGGUUUUUUGAACAUGCUGAAGAGGCCGAGGAAGAAGAGGAUGAUGAUUCCAUGGAUAAGGAUGGCAAUGACCUCGAUGGAGAAUGCUCUCGUCCCCAAAAACAUGCGAAGAGUCCUGAACUUGCACGAGAGUUUCUUCUAGAUGCUGCAACUGUUAUUUUCAAAGAGCAGGUUGAAAAGGCUUUCAGGGAGGGUACUGCACGUCAAAAUGCACACAGCAUUUUUGUAUCUCUUGCACUUAAAUUGCUGGAAGAAAAAGUUCAUGUUGCUUGUAAGGAAAUUGUCACUUUGGAAAAACAGACGAAACUUCUUGAAGAAGAGGAGAAGGAAAAGCGUGAAGAAGAGGAGCGAAAGGAAAGGAGGAGAAUGAAAGAAAAGGAAAAAAAACUCCGAAGAAAAGAGAGAAUAAGAGAGAAGGAAAAGGACAAAGGGAAAAAAAAUUCUGAAACUGGCCAGCAUGUAGCUCCUGAUGUUACUAUUGAAGAAGUAACACCAAGUGUUGAAGAGGAGCCUAAUAUUAUCGUCAAUGAGGAUCUAAUUAAUAGUGAAACAGGUGAUGUCGUAUCACCCAGGCUUGCAUCCCCAGAUAUUCAAGACGAACACGUCUUAAAUGGUUAUCAUCUUUCAAGCAUGCAGAACUACUCUGAUGGCAGUCCUGAUGAUGGGUUUUCCACUUUCAAAGAUGAGAGUGCUUCAUGUGGAGCUGAGCACUCAAAUUAUUCUCGCCAGAAAUUGAAGCAUCGGAAAGACUUCCAAAUGGAGCCAAAAUGGUCUGAUAGAAGACGGUUUUCAUCUGUUUCUGAAAAUGGGGGCAUGAAUAGCAAAUUGGACAAUAAUUACCAGGGAGAUCAUGUUGACACUUCAAGGGCUGUCAAUGGACUGAAUAAGCAAUCUCGGUGUAGUGCUGCAAAAACCAAUCCUAGGACCGCUGGGUCCAAAUUUGCUGAGAAGUUGCACGGUUCCAACAGGGUGAGCGAGAGAUAUGACUAUCAUAGUUGUAGUUGUUACCAGCACAAUGAUUACAGAACAAAGAUAGAGUCACAUUCUUCUGCCAGAACAGGUCGGGAUGGAAAAUCAGUUUGUAAGUCUGAAUCCACCUCAGAUGUUUUGAAGCCAUAUUAUCGUGGUACCAAGUAUACUCAAAUAGAUCAUACACGCGAGGGUAUUGGGAGACCCAAAACUAAAUUUGUUGUAGGGAGCAAUUCUUAUACAAGAGAUUCACCUCAUACAAAGCAAGUUUGGGAACCUAUGGAGUCACAGAAGAAGUCCGUUAGAAGCACUUCAUAUUCUGAUGUUACGAUGAGAUCCACUUUCAGCAAUGAAACAACAGAACCCAAUAAACCACUUGAAUCGUCUGAUGCCAUUAGUUGUGCUGCAGCCGAUGGGAAUACUGCUUCCAACAAGUAUGUUGACAAUGACAAAAACUUCCAGGGGGGAUUCCACAUUGAAACGAAAUCCUCUCUGUACUUUAAAAAGGAAGUGCCCGAUGAGGAGGCUGAUUCGAGCCCCAUGACAUCCUCAUCCUUAACUGGCACUUCUGACCCAUCUAUGAGCAGCACAUCCAACUCUGACAGCUGUUCAUCAUGCCUUAGUGAAGGAGACAGCAAUGGGUUAAAUCCUCCAAAUCCUGAAACCUCUUCUGCAUCCGAUUCAGAUGAUGCUAGCCAACACUCAGAAGGAAGAGAACAGUCAAGAAGGCUUCAAAAUUCCUUUGAUAAACAUCAAGAUGCCAGGAUGGAAAAGAAACAAAGUGCAGAUGGAGGUGAGCAAUUUAUAAACAAAGUUAUGGAUAGUGGAGUAAACAACGAGCCAGGGAGUUUUUCUGUAAAAAAUGCCCAAGAGUACAAAAAUGGACUGCCGAAUGUUAGCAAUAUGAAUCCACAACCUCAUGGCGUGCUUCCCUCAUUGCAUCCGCAAAGCUUACCCUAUCCUUUGUUUCAGCCUGCUUCGAUUGGUUAUUAUCAUCAAACUCCAGUUUCUUGGCCAGCAGCUUCAAAUGGUUUGGUGGCUUUGCCCCCUCGUAAUCACUAUCUAUUCCCCAGCCCUUUCAGAUAUGAUAUCAAUGGGAACUCCCAUUUUGUGCCAUAUAGUAGCCUACCACAUAUGCCACCUCCCAUCCUUAACGCAGGCAGUGUACCAGUUUACCAGCCAGUUUCCCAUAUCAACGACGUGAACUCAAAGGUGCGUGUAAACAAAUCUGACUUUGCUGAUGUUAAAGAUGCUCAUCAAGAAGUUAACAUUCAAGCAGUCACCAAAACAGAACAAGGUCCGGUGGAAGCACAGAUAAAUGCUGAGUCUGAGCCAGAUAGAAAAUGUGGAAUAGAACCAGAAUCCGGUAAUGCAGGCUUCUCGCUUUUCCAUUGUGGUGGUCCAGUUGCUCUUGCUAAUGGCUAUAAGUCAACUCCUUUGCCACCAAAGGAAGCAGUUGGUCAUCUUACAUCCAGCAAGUCAACUGAUCAUGUCGUUGGUGAUCACAACUCAAAGAAGGAAGAGGCUGUCGGGCAAUACAAUCUAUUUGCUGCUAGUAAUGGAAUAAGGUUCUCCUUUUUCUAAAUUAGUGUGACGGAAGUGUGAGGCUACCAGAUAUACCAGUUCCUGCUAUCUUCAUAUUCAGGUAACUGGAGUUUGGUCACUUGGUUAUAUGGUACACAAUAAUCGUCCCCAAAAGAACAAAGUUGGCAUCUGUUUGUGCUUUAGUUUUGUUUGAUUUUAUCUUAUCUCAUAACUUUUCCUUAUUAUAGAGAGAAUUGAGAAAGACAUAAUGUUUGAAUGCUUUUGGCAUUACAACUGGUGGUCUAUUUAAGUAUACCCGGUUAUGGCAAUUGCUAUAGCUGGCUUUUAUUUCUUUUUCAA